CCGGUACCACCUCUGGAGGAGCUGAAAAAUAUGGAAUGGAACAGUGAGGAUAGUCCUUCUGGCGUACCGGCUAUACAUGUUGAGGACGAUACGACAACUCGGGCAGUACAUAGAGCUCCUGAUCGCAAACGGGUGUGA